AUGUUGUCCCAUCGCUUCCAUUCCCUCGACGACCCAGAUCGCUCAUCCAUCUCAUACUUACGAUCGAGUCUUUCUGCUUCCAGGCUGAUAGGCCUUUUCGAAAACAAGCUUCCCCACGCCCUCUCCAACUUCCUCUUCGUCCCUUAUUCGCUAUCUCUCGCAUUACGUGUCUAUUACAGAGAGCUUCGAUUGAGCAAGACACCCCUAUACCGAGCAAAAGCAAGGAAUGACGUGUUACUCAUCUGCUCACUCUUAGAAGAGUUUGGCAAAAACUUCACCUUCGCCCAGAGCCUUUCUCGCCUUGCGACAAAAAUCAUCCGCGAAAUGGACAAAGUCGCCACUUCUGUCCUUCAAGCUCGUCAAAAAUUCCCUGAUCAGCCUGCAGAGUCAAGCUCCAUUGCAGACGACCAAGAAAAUACCAGAGGAAAUCUCACCACCCACAUCAUCGAUGGUAAUUUGAUCACUCAUGAUUACACCGCUAUCUCUCAUCAUGCCCCGAGCAAUGAAUUAGGAGCACCUGACAUGCCGGAAUAUGACGAUGCUCGAUAUAACGCGGAAACCUUCGCGGGUGUAUACAAUCUGCCAGAUCUGCCGGAUAUCUUCGAACACUUUGAUCCGGAGUUCAAUUUGGAAGCCAUUGAUCUUGCUUUGGGGCAGAAUUUGGGUCUUGAAUCUUUUGAGAACACUGGCGUCAACGCUGGAAUCCCUUAA